CAGGAACACGAUUUACUAGUCGACGUGGAAAAGAUGAACAUCUUAUCGUAGCUGGAGGUUUUGGUGCUCAUCAACGCCCUGUAGACAUUGUCGAGCGAUGGAAUCCACGUACAAAUGAAUGGACUGCUUUACAGCCAUUAACAAAACGACGUCGAUAUGCAGCAGCAGCAGCAAUUGGUAAACGUCUUUAUGUCGUAGGUGGCUAUGAUGGACGACAGCGUAUGAAUUCUGUUGAAUGUCUUGAUUUAUCGCAAGAAAAUACUACUUGGCAACCAGUUGCUUCACUAACCUAUCGACGAGCAUUACCUGGCGUUUGUGUCCAUCAAAAUUUAAUAUAUGUAUGCGGUGGCUUUGAUGGAUCAUCGCGUUUAGCAUCAACAGAAUGUUACGAUGAAAAAACUGAUGUGUGGACGAUUGGUGAAGAUAUGCAUGUCGGUAGGGAAGGAGCAGGUCUGGUAUCUAUUGGUGAUCAUCUCUAUUGUAUUGGUAAGUGUAUAUCUAUGCAAUAA